CACGCAAGCUUCCUGUGGUCGUUUCCGAAACAGCAAAGCAAGGGUAUAACGUUACAGACCGCGGUGUUGAUAAUAAUCUAAAGCUCCCAGUCUAUGAACACUUCUUUAGUUUAUUUGUCAGUAUAUCAUUCAUAUUUUACACUGUCAGUAAGCGCUAUUGCACAGGUGGUGUCUCCGUGUUUGUGCUUGGCUCAGCAACCUUUCCACACAGCGAGCGAAUUCGAUGUAACGCUCCGCGCAUUAUGCUAUUCCAGCAGUUGGUCAUUACUCUUCCGAUGCACAUAGGCUGUAGCUCUUUACCGAUGGGGUCCUGAUGUUUAUGGCCAGCUUUCUGAAUAGAGAGCUCCAUCCUAUACCUUCUCCUUUCCCUGAGCCAGACGAGCGCAGCAAGAGGUGCCAUGCGGCCCAGCAGCAGAUGAUGGAGAAACGCCGGGACCCAGGAAGGGGCUCCAGGAAGGCUGCCUUACCUGCUUCCGGGCUGGAGGGCGGCAUGGGGGGCCUGGUAGGGGUUGGUGCGGGGAUGGUUGGAGGUAUCGGGGGAGAGGGGAACAGCCACGGCCCUCGUGUGACUGUCCUCCUACGGGAGUUUGAGAAUUUUGAGAACUACGUCGGUGAUGUGGCACGCUCCUUCCUGCACCAGAGACCUGAGCUGCCCUUCUUGGCUGUGUCUGACACCCCGCCCUACCCCCCUCUGUCUCUCCCCGAGGGGGCCCGUCUCCUGGUGCUCUCCCCCAGCCCCGAGCAGCCUCCGCAGGCCCACCGGCCAGAGUUCCACGUUCAGACAGAGUUUGUGCUGCUGGUGCCUGACGGGGUGGAGCUGGAGCAGGGCCGGGCUGUGGAGAGGCUGAUCCGGGAGCUGGAGGGGGAGGGUGGGGGGCCCGUGAGGCUGGUGGCUUCCCCAGUUUUGGCACGCUCGACCGUUCAGUGCCUGCACCUGCGGGUCAGCCUUAGAGAGUGGACGGCCACCUAUUCCACAGCGGCGUCUGGGACCAGUGGUAGCGUGUGUACAGCCCUUCAGGGGGACGUGGUGGUCCUCAUCCGCUCUGAGGACCUCUUCAACCUGUCUGUCCCACUGGGGAGGCCCCUGCUGCCCUCGCUCUUCAUCCAGACCUCCCUGCAUGGCUGGAAGGUCAAGCUCCUGGAGAGCCCCUGCUUCUCCCCCAGCCACCGGCCUCUCUUCAGCUCAGCCCACAACCAGUGGAAGGCAGACAGCCAUCUGAAGGAGGCCACUAGCCAGCUGAUGAAGAACUUUGGGCUGAAGCGUCUCCUACUGGCUGAUGGGAAGGAGCAGUGGCACGGCUGUGGGAAGGAGACGGAGCGUUGCUUCGGUACGGUCCGGGACGACACCCCUGAGUACCUGUACCUGGAGCGCUAGACACCUCCCUGCUGCCUGCGUGCCCUCCGCGAGACCACUAAGUAUGUGAUCAACAUCCUGGAGAGCUCCGGGGUGCGCUACUGGCUGGAAGGAGGCUCCCUGCUGGGGGCGGCCCGCCACCAGGACAUCAUCCCAUGGGACUAUGAUGUGGACCUGGGCAUCUACCUGGAGGACGUGCCCAACUGUGACUACCUGAAGAACCUGGACUCUGGUUCUCUGGUGGAUGCUAACGGCUAUGUGUGGGAGCGGGCAGUGGAGGGGGACUUCUAUCGGGUGCAAUACAGCGAGGCUAACCACCUCCACGUGGACCUGUGGCCCUUCUACCCGCGGAACGGCGUCAUGACCAAAGACACGUGGAUGGAGCACAAGCAGGAUAUGGAGUUCCCCGAGCACUUCCUGCAGCCGCUGGUGCCGAUGCCUUUCGCCGGCGUCACCGCCUACGGCCCGAACAACUACCGCGCCUUCCUGGAGCUCAAGUUUGGGGAGGGGGUCAUCGAGAACCCCCAGUACCCCAACCCUGCCAAGAAGAGGCUGGAUAGGAGCCGGCUGUGAGGGAGGUGUGUGGCUGGGACCUUUGACCUUUGGAGCUUUCAUGUGGCCCAACAAAAGGACAAAACGAUUCGAGCCACAACCCAAAACAUAUACAGUUGAAGUCGGAAGUUUACAUACACCUUAGCCAAAUACAUUUAAACUCAGUUUUUCACAAUUCCUGACAUUUAAUCGGAGUAAAAAAAUCCCUGUCUUAGGUCAGUUAGGAUCACCACUUUAUUUUAAGAAUGUGAAAUGUCAGAUUAAUAGUAGAGAGAAUUAUUUAUUACAGCUUUUGUUUCUUUCAUCAGAUUCCUAGUGGGUCAGAAGUUUACAUACACUCAAUUAGUAUUUGGUAGCAUUGCCUUUAAAUUGUUUAACUUGGGUCAAACAUUUCAGGUAGCCUUCCACAAGCUUCCCACAAUAAGUUGGGUGAAUUUUGUCCCAUUCCUCCUGACAGCUGGUGUAACUGAUUCAGGUUUGUAGGCCUCCUUGCUUGCACACGCUUUUUCAGUUCUGCCCACAAAUGUUCUAUAGGCUUGAGGUCAGGGCUUUGUGAUGGCCACUCCAAUACCUUGACUUUGUUGUCCUUAAGCCAUUUUGCCACAACUUUGGAAGUAUGCUUGGGGUCAAUGUCCAUUUGGAAGACCAAGCUUUAACUUCCUGACUGAUGUCUUGAGAUGUUGUUUCAAUAUAUCCACAUAAUUUUCUCUUCUCAUGAUGCCAUCUAUUUUGUGAAGUGCACCAGUCCCUCCUGCAGCAAAGCACCCCCUCAACAUGAUGCUGCCACCCCUGUGCUUCACGGUUGGAUUGGUGUUCUUUGGUUUGCAAGCCUCCACAUUUUUCCUCCAAACAUAACAAUGGUCAUUAUGGCCAAACAGUUCUAUUUUUAGACCAGAGGACAUUUCUCCAAAAAGUACGAUCUUUGUCCCUGUGUGCAGUUGCAAACCGUAGUCUGGCUUUUUUAUGGCGGUUUUGGAGCAGUGUCUUGCUGAGCGGCCUUUCAGGUUAUGUCGUAAUAGGACUGGUUUUUACUGUGGAUAUAGACACUUUUGUACCUGUUUCCUCCAGCAUCUUCACACGGUCCUUUGCUGUUGUUCUGGGAUUGAUCUGCACUUUUCUCAUCAAAGUAUGUUCAUCUCUAGGAGGCAGAACGCUUCUCCUUCCUGAGCGGUAUGAUGUUGUUUAUACUUGCGUACUAUUGUUUGUACAGAUGAACGUGGUACCUUCAGGCGUUUGGAAAUUGCUCCCAAGGAUGAACCAAACUUGUGGAGGUCUACAAUUAUUUUUCUGAGGUCUUGGCUGAUUUCUUUGGAUUUUCCCAUGAUGUCAAGCAAAAAGGCACUGAGUUUGAAGGUAGGCCUUGAAAUACAUCCACACUUCCAAUUGACUCAAAUGAUGUCAAUUAGCCUAUCAGAAGCUUCUAAAUCCAUGACAUCAUUUUCUGGAAUUUUCCAAGCUGUUUAAAGGCACAGUCAACUUAGUGUAUGUAAACUUCUGACACUGGAAUUGUGCUACAGUGAAUUAUAAGUUAAAUAAUCUGUAAACAAUUGUUGGAAAAAUGACUUGUCAUGCACAAAGUAGAUGUCCUAACCGACUUGCCAAAACUAUAGUUUGUUAACAAGAAAUGUGUGGAGUGGUUGAAAAACAAGUUUUAAUGACUCCAACCUAAGUGUAUGUAAACUUCUGACUUCAACUGUAUCUACAUGACAGGUCAAUUGGAGACUCCUUGCAGAGGUCCAUUAUUCUGUAUAAGCUGUAAGUUAAGUAUAGAGACAACGUAUUUACACAUUCAAAACGGUAUUCUGGUACACAUAAUUUUCCUGUACAUACAUGACCAGGUAUUUAGUAAGAAAUUACAUGGUAAAAUGGUAAUUACACAGUAAUUAUAUUCAACCUUUUUUUUGGGGGGGGGGGUACCAUUAAGUACCAGGAAGUAUUAGCUAUUAUGACCACAUAGUUUCCUAGUCAUUUUCAGGUGCUCAAAGUGCUACCAGAUAUCCAAUGGCAUAUCCACCACAACAUCAGCUGCUGUUCAGCAAUAUCUGACACAAUCAGUGUCAAUACCUGUGUUAUUAUUGAUGUCAUGAAUAUAAAUAUGUUGGUCAAUUCUGUCCUAAAGCUAAAGACAUAUUUCAUGGAGUACAUGUGCGGAUAUGUUGCACUGAUGCACUUUCUUAUUUGAGAUUUGUGCACUUCGUGUUCAGUGGAUGAGAUGUAUGACUUUUGACCUUUUUGAACUGUCGACUGAUGCCAUCGGGGUAGGCCUUGGCAUGUUCCAUCAGCUUGCCGAUUAUGGCCGCCCCAUUUCCCAGUGGUAAAAUGAGGAGCUUUCUCUUCAACUCUGACUUGGAUAUUCACCUGAGGCCUUGGAUAAAGCUCUAUCAGUCCAUGCGGGCGCAUUCAAAUCCCAGGUAUGAAUGAUGAAACUAUCCACUAGUUUAUCCAAUAUUCUAAAUGAAAUGUGUGUAUCUGUGUCAUCUGUUGUGUAUGUAUGUGUGUCAUCUGUUGAGUGUUGCUGUCACAUUUGUGUCCUGCCUUGACUGGAAUGUUAGAAGUAAUCUGAAUUGUGGGUGAAAGACUGAUGUCUAGGUAGGUGCCACUUGUUGUCCUUGACCUGUCAUUUUACAAGUGAGGAAAAAGGCUCAAAACUCACCAGCACACUAACCAGAAUUUUGCUGUCAGUGUGUGUCACUUUUUCAUGGACUGAAGAAAAAAAAGAAUAACACCA